AACAAUAAACGAAAUAUUACUCAAAACAAUAAAAAUGAAAAAUUUCCAGAUUUAUAGUAAUAAAUUUUAUGUACUCCUUAAAUAAAAUAAAAUUAAUAAAUAACUCCUUCUAAUUCUGAAACAAAAAGCAAACUUCCAUCUCUAAAUAUAUAUAAUCCAAGACAAUAAUAUUAAAAUUAUGAAUAAAAAAAACAAAUUCCAUAUAAUUUAAGUAUUAAUAAUAGCUAAUUAUUUUAAAGUACGAUAGGAAAAGGAUAACAAUAAAAUUAAAAAUUAAAUAAUUCUAAUAAUAAUAAUACUUUAGGUAAAUUUGAAUAACUUGGAGGUUAAGUUAAUUUUUUAAAUUUUUAAAUGAGAACAAAAGCAGGAUGUACAGUUUAAAGGAUGACAAAAAUAAAUUAAGAUACAGCUAUUUUGAUUCCUAAAAUUCUAUAAGAAAUUAAUAUUUAUUAAUUUUCAGUUUGUGAUGGACAUGGUGAAUAUGGACAUCUAGUAUCAUAAUAUAUAAAAAAUAAUUUUCCUAAAAUUCUUUAUAAAUACUUAAAAGAAAACGAUACUUAAAUAACACCUGAUUAUAUCAAAAAUUCCAUACUUAGUGCUACAAAAUAAACAAAUUAGGAAAUCUUUCAAAGUAAUAUUGACUCGUAUUUAAGUGGUUCAACAUUUGUUUCAGUUUUUAUUCAUGAAAAUAAACUUUAUUGCUCUAAUGCAGGUGAUUCUAGAGCCAUAGUAGGCAAAUAAACAAAAGGAGCAUCCAAUUUCUUCUUUCAAAAUAUAUCCACAGACCACAAACCAAACUUAGAAAGAGAAAAGUUCAGAAUAUUAAAAGCUGGAGGACGUAUAUAAUAACAAAGAGAUUUAAGUGGAUAACCAAUAGGGCCACUUCGUGUUUGGUAAUUUAAAAAUGAUAUUCCAGGUUUAGCAAUGACAAGAAGUUUAGGUGAUAAAGCAGCUGCUAUUGCAGGAGUUAUUUGUGAACCAGAAAUAUAUGAAAUGGAUAUUUAAGAUGAAGAUAAAUUUAUUAUUGUGGCUUCAGAUGGAGUUUGGGAACAUUUAAAUGAUUAGUUUGUAACUAAUAUUGUUGGAUAGUUUUAUAAUAAAGGAGAUUGCGAUUUAGCAGCUGAAAAAUUAAUGAUUGAAUCUAUAAAAUCAUGGAAAAAGGAAAGCUUUUGUAGAGAUGAUAUUACUUGCAUUGUUAUUUUUUUAAAUAAAAAUAGUUGAGUAUUAUAUUUUUUAUUUUUUGUUUUUAUUAUUUUUGGAAUUUUUUUUAGUUUUU